AAAUAGUCCCGCGUCCCGCCCCGGCAGGAGUGYACCGUCUGUUGUUUGACAGCUGAGCACCCGACAGGCUUGUCGGCAUCGUGUUGUUGUCUAUUUACUUGUUUGGAUGGACGUUACAUGGCAAGGGAAGCACUUAUACCUUGUUCAGAAUUAUUUUUUUCCCCCAGCACAUUAUUUCUUUACGAGUUAGCUUGUUUGCUAACUAGCAUAGCUAGCCUGAAAAGACACUCCCAGCAGCUGUAGCCCCACCGUCUCACUCCUUUUCAACGUCGUGUUUUAUUAGCAGCUUCCUUAAAUUACAUAGGUGUGUUUUUUUUUCUAGCUACUCCUUUUUUUCUGGUCAGUUGUCUUUGCUUUACAAGUGAGCAGACGUUAGCAGUCAGUUGUAGCUUUUUUUCCUCCAUUGUUUACAUGGAUUCCCUUCAUCUGAAGGGGUUUGUUGUCGUGAUGUGGUCCUAACAAGACUGGAUAGAACAGAAGAAAAACAGAGUUGGAAWAUGGAAAUGGGUAGGUAACCAAAGCUGUGCCAUGUCUGUGCCAACAAGUGGAUAAGCUGGGCUCCAAAUAUCAGCUGAGCGGUUUGACUUUAGUGUGGGCGGUUUGGACGCGGAGCCAGGGGGGYUUAUUGGUUCCCUUUAAUCUUAUGUAAGACUCCACGAGGAGACUUAAACCUCUUUGGGAACUGGGCCACUCAUCUGGUAYCACCAUGAUCCUGGAGACCCUUCUGAUUAUUAACAGUCUCCUCGGCUGUGGAGGCUGUCAGGAGAGCCACAGCAUGACCCUGGAGGAGAAGACCAACAUCAGGCACCAGAUUGUUGAAAUGUUUGACCACGCAUAUGGAAAUUACAUGAAACAUGCCUACCCGGCAGAUGAGCUGAUGCCUCUGAGUUGCAAAGGAAGAGUGCGUGGACAAGAGCCAAACAGAGGGGACAUAGACGACUCCUUGGGGAAGUUUUCUCUCACUCUAAUUGACACACUUGAUACCCUGGUGGUGUUAAACAAGCUUGAUGAGUUUGAGGAUGCGGUGAGGAAGACUGUGAGGGACGUCCGCUUUGACAACGACGUGGUGGUGUCGGUGUUCGAGACCAACAUCAGAGUUUUAGGUGGGCUGCUGGGGGGUCAUGUUAUGGCUGACCUGCUAAGGCAGCGUGGGGAGAGGAUGCAGUGGUAUCGUGAUGAGCUUCUACAGAUGGCCACAGAGCUGGGCCAUCGAUUACUUCCUGCCUUCAACACGACCAGUGGCCUUCCCUACCCUAAGGUGAAUCUGCGGUACGGCGUAUUCAACCCACUUUCACGCACAGGCACUGAGUCAGACACCUGCACAGCGUGUGCCGGGACAAUGAUCCUGGAGUUUGCUGCUCUCAGCAGACUGUCGGGUCAGUCUGUGUUUGAGGAACAUGCGAGGAAGACUCUGGACGUCCUCUGGGAGAAGAGACAAAAAGGAAGUGACUUGGUGGGGACUGUCAUCAAUAUCCACAAUGGAGAAUGGAUCCGGAGAGAUAGUGGAGUUGGCGCUGGAAUCGACUCGUACUACGAAUACCUGAUGAAGGCCUACAUUCUUUUAGGAGAUAAUGUUUUUCUACAGAGGUUCAAUAUUCACUACAGUGCCAUUAUGAAAUACAUCAGUCAGCCUCCCCUGCUGCUCAACGUACACAUGCACAACCCUACUAUGAGUGUUCGCAGCUGGAUGGACUCCCUGCUCGCAUUCUUCCCUGGGUUACAGGUUUUGACAGGAGACCUGAAACCAGCUAUUGAAACUCACGAGAUGCUUUACCAAGUCACUAAACAGCACAAAUUCCUUCCAGAGGCUUUUACCACAGAGUUCAGAGUUCAUUGGGGCCAACACCUACUGAGACCAGAGUUUGCAGAAAGCACCUACUACCUCUUCAAGGCCACCGGUGACCCGUACUACCUCAGAGUGGGACAAUCCAUUGUGGAGAAACUCAACGCCUAUGCCAGGGUGCCUUGUGGGUUUGCUGCUGUCCAAGAUGUCCGCACCGGGACCCAUGAAGACAGGAUGGACUCCUUCUUUCUGGCUGAGAUGUUUAAAUACUUGUACUUGAUGUUUUCGGAGAAGAGCCAGCUGCCGAUUGAUAUCGACGACUACGUCUUCACCACAGAGGCUCACCUUCUGCCCGUGUCCCUGUCCAUCACUCAGACCCCCGUUCAGCCCAACGUCACAGAGGCGGCCCCUGCUGCUCAAGAUGACGACCUGUUUACGCACUCCUGUCCCAGCACAGAGACGUUGUUCCCCAACAACCCCUCGUUUGCCAAAACCAUCAGGGACGGCUACAAGUACCUCACUGGGGUGGGACGGGCCUUCAACUCUUUACCUGUCAGGGAAAUCGAACUGCCGCUUCAUGAUAACAGCAUGGAGUCUGUGGAGUUUCUGAAGAGCAUGGGCAUCUCRCUCACCUCUCUGAAAGAGAUGACUGUAGGAGAUGCCAAAAAGGAACAGAAAGGCGUGUUUCGGGUGAAGCUUGUCGCAGAAGUCAGACAGACGCCGGAGGAGGAGGAGGAGGAGGUGGUGCCUCACGCUGUCCAGCUCAUUUCCCCUCCGUUUCUGGGUCGGACAGUCCUCGCUGCAGGACCGGCGAAGUUCGGAAUGGACCUCACCAAGCAGGAGCACGGGGUGAAGGGCAGAAUAGUGAAAGCGUCCCCCUUUAAUGCAUGCGGGCCGGUGGAAAAUGCAGCGGAGCUGAAAGACUGCGUCGCUCUGGCACUACGAGGGGACUGCAUGUUUGCUGUAAAAGCUCGAUGGUUGCAACACGCAGGAGCCAUAGGAGUCAUCUUUAUCGAUCAUCGCGAGGGAAGUAACAGUGAGGAGACCCCCCUCUUUCAGAUGGUUGGAGAUGGCGACUCCACCGAUGACAUCACGCUGCCUUUAGUCUUUCUGUUCAGCCGUGAGGGGGCCGUGCUCACCGCUGCACUGGAGGAGCAUCACAAUGUGGAUGUGCUGCUGCUUCCACAAGACAGGCAGCUUGGACACGAUAAAACACAAAAACCCAUCAGUAUGAACAUUAAACUCCGCCUGGCGGAGGAGGGGGAGCUGGAGGAAACGGCAGCAGGUGGACCAACCUUAGAGUUUGUUUUGGAGGGCGAGGACGAGUUCAGAGAACAACAACAGGUCUGCUCACGAGCAGCAACGGAGGGCAGAACUGAACCGUGUUCAGCGGACUCGGCACAAAGCUUGAACUCUAAAACAGAACCAGACGCACAUCCUUGACCCUCUGCGCUUCGUGUCCCAACACUGGUUUUUUUAGCAGCAUGUGGCCUGGAUCACAGUCCUGCAGCACAUCUGAACAUCCUGCAUGUUUACAGCUAAAGAACAGGAGUCCCACCUACAUUCAUUCUCAUCCUGAGACUGAAGAGGGAUCCAUACUUAUGAGACAUUCUGAAGGGAUUUAUUUUAUUUUUUGUUUGUUUUUGGCUUCAUGAGACCAAACUAAGCUUUAAAAGGCCAAAAAAAAAAAUCCAGAAGGGUAAGUUGCUGCUACCUGAACAUGGUGAAUUUAUUUUCACCUCACUCUGGAGGGAAGCCCCACAAAAUUAUGCAACUAAUUUUGUUUUUGAUCUAGACUGCACCGUUUCACUUUAAUAAGUACUGCAGCGGACUACCACCUGGCCAGCAGGUGGUGGUAGCUGCCAUUAUUUCUUAGCAGCGUAAUCUCAGUGGAUGAAGGGAAUAAACUGGGGCUAAUUUAGAACGUUCAUUUUGAACUACUUAAAAACUUCAGGGAUUAUAAGUAUGAAUGCAGAUUGAGAGUUUGAAACCACUAAAAAAUUGUUGGUGUGAGUGUGUUUUGCAUUUAGUUAUUUUAUUAUUUAAGUCCGAGUGUGUGUGUGUACGUGUUUCUGCUACAGAGUGAGGACCGUCCAUGUGUUUUUACUCAACAAAUUGAGGUCAUUUUCCCAGUCCUCACUUUGUUUUUGCAGUUCUACUACGCUCUAACUAGUUAGGUUUAGAGGUAUGAUAAAUUAAGCUUCAGUUAAGGUUAAUUUUAGGGAAAAUGUCUGGGUUAGGCAUAAAUUCAGUUACGUAAACAAAUGGAAAUCAAUACGAUUUCCUCAGUUUGAGGGAAGUACAAGGAUGUGUGUGUGUGAGUGUGAGUGUGAGUGUGUGAGUGUGUGUGUGAGGUCUAGAAUAUAAAAUUCAAUCAUAAGAUUAAAUUGGUUGGGGUUAAUAGGUUGUUUUUUUUAACACAUACUGUAAAUCACAGGUUAGUUGAAAUAAUCUAUUUAAUUAAAAACUUAGUUCAAAAGAAAUCUAAAAGUUUUCUUUCUUUAUUGAAGCAGAUACGUAGGGUUCUGGUUCUUUAAAUGUUCAGCUGCUCUGCAGUUUUUGCUGCUGCUUUAAAAAUUGAAACUGAUUCAAACAAAAAUAACCAAUCAUGUCACUUUUUGUUUCAACUCAUUUUAUGGUUAUUUACCAUCACAUUUACUUUGAAUAUGCUGUUUAUUUCUACCCCAAAAUAAAUCAAAUAAUCAGAUGUUAUAAUUUUUCAGAGUGAAUCUAGUGUUUUGAUAAGAACGUUGUUGCGAAGAUAGAAAUGAGUGUUUUCCUGGAUGCAAUUUGAUUUUCAUGCACUUAUUGUCUGUUUCUUGUAUCACUUCAUUUUCAACUGUUUUCACAAUUAAUCUAAGGAAAAACAUGUCAGUUUCUGUUGCCUUUAUCUGCUCUCACCUGUGGGUUGCCUGAUUACUUUGUUUCCCUGUUACACCUGGAAAUAAGCAUUAAGAAAAAAAUUUUUGUGCCAGAAAAUGUUCUCAUUUUUUGUGGACCAUUUUCUAAUGGUGCUGAUCUGAUAUUCCAGUAGGUCUUAAUUCAAAAUGUUUUAUAUUUUGUUAGGCCUAAAAAUCAGCCAAGUUGUAUACCUCAGGUUCGUGUUUGUUGUAUUUCACUCUGAUAAAAAGAUCAUGAAGAAGAAAUGGAUGAUUUUGUUUGAUAUUUAUCUUAUUUAUUAUUAUUGUGGUCAAAUGUUUAUCUGUGGCAGACCUCUAUGAGGGUUUGGGAAACAAGCAGAUGCAGUUAAUGAAUUUGAAAAUGAUCAUUUUCACCUCUUUUGCCAUUUUUUUGUACUUGAGUAAUUUUUAUUACAAGCUGUAGUAAUGA